GCUGACGGUGCUGCGUUCGCUCGAGCGCAUCAGCGGCGCAGCAUCAUUUUAACGCACCACCUUGAGGAGACGCAACACAAAAUGGCUUUGCAAAUUUAACGCUCGACUGAGAAGAAACUCUCAAAGCACCAUCAGGAAUAUAGGACUCUCGUUGUUUUUCUGAAAUAACAAAGACCAUACACAAGAAACAAGCCUGGAAAUCAACGGCGGACGGUGGGGGGAAUUCGGGGACAGUCAUGGCGGGGGUGGGAGCCAGGGGGCGAAAGACGGGACUCCCCGGGUUCUGUUAAACAUGCUAUUUCCACAUUCUCUUUUGGGUCGUGUCUGUUUGUGGAGAAGAGAGGACCUUCAUUGUUGAGACGUGGCUGAAGAACUAUGGCUACCUGCUCCCUCAUGACAUCCGGACUUCAGACCUGCGAUCGGAGAAAGCCAUGCAGUCAGCGGUCGCUGCCAUGCAGCGGUUUUACGGUAUUCCAGUGACGGGAGUGCUGGACCAAACCACCAUCGAGUGGAUGAGAAAACCACGGUGUGGGGUUCCAGAUCACCCUCACAUCAGCCGACGGAGGAGAAAUAAACGCUAUGCCCUCACUGGUCAGAAAUGGAGGGACAAGAAGAUCACAUACAGCAUACAUAAUUUCACCCCCAAGGUGGGCGAGAAAGAUACCCAGAGGGCCAUUCGCCAGGCCUUCGAUGUCUGGCAGACGGUGACCCCUCUGACCUUUCAGGAAGUGGCCUAUUCGGAGAUCAAGAACGAGGGUAAAGAGGCAGACAUAAUGAUCUUCUUUGCCUCUGGUUUCCAUGGUGACAGUUCCCCUUUUGAUGGAGAGGGAGGUUUUUUAGCUCAUGCAUAUUUCCCCGGUCCCGGAAUUGGCGGAGACACACACUUUGACUCUGAUGAGCCCUGGACGUUAGGAAACGCAAAUCACGACGGCAAUGACCUUUUCCUGGUGGCCGUACACGAAUUGGGACACGCAUUAGGUCUGGAACAUUCCAAUGACCCCAGUGCAAUCAUGGCCCCCUUCUAUCAAUACAUGGACACGCACAACUUCAAACUGCCUCUAGAUGACCUUCAGGGGAUCCAGAAAAUCUACGGAAUUCCCACAGCCAUGCUGGAGCCCACUCGACCUCUUCCUACUCUACCUGCACGACGCACACACUCCACCUCUGAGAGAAAACACGACCGGCAGUCUCGCCCCGCUCGCCCGCCCUCUGGAGAUCGCCCCUUCUCUCCUGGCAAUGGAAAACCCAACAUCUGCGAUGGCAACUUCAACACGGUGGCCUUCUUUCGCCGGGAGAUGUUUGUUUUUAAGGAUCGCUGGUUCUGGCGUUUGCGCAACAACAAAGUUCAGGAAGGCUAUCCCAUGUUGAUAGACCAGUUCUGGAAGGGUUUACCUCCUCGCAUUGAUGCUGCUUAUGAGAGAUCAGAUGGCAAAUUUGUGUUCUUCAAAGGGGAUAAAUACUGGAUCUUCAAGGAGGUUACAGCAGAGCCUGGGUACCCUCACAGCCUGGUAGAGUUGGGCAACUGUCUGCCCCGCGAUGGCAUUGACACAGCCUUACGUUGGGAACCCGUGGGCAAAACAUACUUCUUUAAGGGUGACCAGUACUGGCGUUAUAACGAGGAGAAGCGUACAGCUGACCCAGGCUACCCCAAACCCAUCAGUGUCUGGAAGGGCAUCCCUGAUGCACCGCAAGGGGCCUUUGUCAGUCGUGAAGGAUUUUAUACCUACUUUUACAAGGGAAAGGAUUACUGGAAGUUCGAUAACCAGAAGUUAACGGUGGAGCCAGGCUACCCCAAAUCAAUCGUCAAAGACUGGAUGGGCUGCGAUCAGGCGGAAGUAGAAAAGAACAAGGACCGUCACCUUCCACACGAUGAUGUCGACAUCAUGGUCGCCAUUAACGACGUACCCAGCACUGUAAACGCAAUCGCUGUGGUCAUCCCAUGCAUCCUCUCACUGUGCAUUCUGGUCCUUGUAUAUACUAUCUUCCAGUUCAAGAACAAAAACGUCCAACAGCACGUGACCUACUACAAACACCCCGUGCAGGAGUGGGUAUGACGGACCGAGGGGCGCGAUGGACCCCAAAUGCUUGAGAACAUAAGUGAGGGCUACUAUGCUGAGGUUUGACCAGUGCCUGUUUUCUGAACAACCUUGUCCCAGAAAGUGAACAAAAGACGAGGCAAGGGAGUUUCCUCUUCCUUCCCACACAAGACAAAACUUUACAACAAAUAUUGCAAUUUUUUAGCAUGAGCCCAACGGACAAAUCUUCUGGGGAUUGAACAUGUGAAGUUGUGCCCUGGCCUUACACUAACCAGGUGAAGUCUUGACCGUUGAGGAACCAUCACUUCUGCUUUGACCGAAACCAUCACUUUCUCUUCUCUGGGAGAGCAAGAAGAACGGCAGAUUUGCGAAACGCCAGCAAAUCCUUGUUUCGUUCUCAACAUAAACUUGUACAUGAAUUUCAAGUAUUAUCAAAGAAAUUAAAUGAGCAAAACGACAAAAAAUGACUUGAAAACCAUGUAGGUAGAAAGGCCAUAGAAAAGAAUACCAAGGAAUUCUUGCAGUCUUUUUCAUUUAUGGGGAGGUUCUCCGCUAGCACUCCUCGAAGACUGCAACAUGUUUUUAAGGGAGGUCAGGUGGCUUUUUUAAAUUAAUUAGCUUCAUAACAUCAAUCUGAAUGUUUGUUUGCAUCGUUUCCCCUUUUCUCUGCUGCCUACCUAUUUUCACAGAGUAGGAAGAACGAUUUUUAAGAACUAGGGCAGUCUUAACACCUCCUCCCACUUGCUACUGUACUCUGUUCCUUUUCUUCUUAUGCUGUAUUUAUCAGUCGGCAACAAAAGAUCAUUUCUUUUUGAUCAGACAGCACUUGCAUUAUGUCUUUAUAGGAGAGUAAAUUUGUGUCGUAACAGGCACAAUUUGGUUGUUUAGGAUUAUGCCUAUUUCUUGCAAUCUCUAUAUUAUAUUUUGCUUUUAUUAGUAAUGUUUCCCACCAUCUUGUACCUUGUUACCAUUUCACCAAGUGUAAUAUUUGAAACACUGGUGCCAGGCAGGAACAUGAACAAUGAACAGAUCUGAAUAUGAAAUAGCUUUGUUCCCGUUGCCUACAGGAGAUGAUCUCUCAACUGUUCAUCUGUCCUCUUCGAAUGAACGUAAUAUGCUGUAUGUCUUGCGUUGAAGUGACUUCAAUUUCAUGUGUUCGGUGUGGAUUGUCUAACACUUGGCUCAAAAAUGUCUGUCGGGUGCUUUUAUUGGUUCGACUGUGCUAUUUAACAGUGAAGUGUGUCUGUACCAUAUUAACACAUCAUUUCGUGCUCAUCUGCUGUGUGAUUGGAUAGAAUACAUUACACAUUUGAAGGAGCUGA